AUGAUGGGCUCCGUGCUCCCGGCUGAGGCCCUGGUGCUCAAGACUGGGCUGAAGGCGCCCGGGCUGGCGCUGGCCGAGGUCAUCACCUCCGACAUCCUGCACAGCUUCCUGUACGGCCGCUGGCGCAACGUGCUGGGUGAGCAGCUCUUCGAGGACAAGAGUCACCACGCCAGCCCCAAGACAGCCUUCACCGCCGAGGUCCUGGCGCAGUCCUUUUCGGGCGAGGUUCAAAAGCUGUCCAGCCUGGUGCUGCCGGCCGAGGUGAUCAUUGCGCAGAGUUCCAUCCCGGGCGAGGGCCUCGGCAUCUUCUCCAAGACGUGGAUCAAGGCAGGUACUGAGAUGGGCCCUUUCACCGGCCGCGUCAUCGCCCCGGAGCACGUGGACAUCUGCAAGAACAACAACCUCAUGUGGGAGGUGUUCAAUGAAGAUGGCACAGUGCGCUACUUCAUUGAUGCCAGCCAGGAGGACCACCGAAGCUGGAUGACCUACAUUAAGUGCGCACGUAAUGAACAGGAACAGAACCUGGAGGUGGUCCAAAUCGGCACCAGCAUCUUCUACAAGGCCAUUGAGAUGAUCCCUCCCGACCAGGAGCUGCUGGUGUGGUAUGGGAACUCCCACAACACUUUCUUGGGGAUUCCUGGUGUGCCUGGGCUAGAGGAGGAGCAGAAAAAGAACAAGCAUGAGGACUUUCAUCCCGCGGACUCUGCCGCGGGCACUGCCGGACGCAUGCGCUGUGUCAUCUGCCACCGCGGCUUCAACUCGCGCAGCAAUCUGCGCUCGCACAUGCGCAUCCACACGCUGGACAAACCAUUCGUGUGCCGCUUCUGCAACCGCCGCUUCAGCCAGUCGUCCACGCUGCGCAACCACGUGCGCCUGCACACGGGCGAGCGCCCAUACAAGUGCCAGGUAUGCCAGAGCGCCUACUCUCAGCUGGCUGGCCUGCGCGCCCAUCAGAAGAGCGCGCGCCACCGGCCGCCCAGCGCCGCGUUGCAGACACACUCGCCCGCGUUGCCUGCCCCGCACGCGCACGCGCCCGCACUUGCAGCCGCCGCCGCAGCGCACCACCUGCCGGCCAUGGUCCUGUGA